GGAGCUCCGUCCUCCCACCCAGGACUACAGCCACCAGGACAGUUUAUUCGGGAAUGCCUUUUCUUCGAGGUCUAACUUCAUCGUUCAUCCCGAGUGGCUGUCUGAGAAUGUGGACCCUCCACUAUCACGUCCGAUGAAUCGCCCUCCUUGGCCAUGGGAGCAGCCAAAAUACCGUCAGAAUAUCAAACUGUCCCAACUAAAUGGCAAUGAUGCCGCGAACACAAAGACUGAUAAAACCGGAAACCAACAAGUUAAUGAAACCGAGAAUGCUGAUGGAUGCGGAGUGCAAGAAAAUGGAUACGAACCAGUUCCCAAAUACCCCCCAAGUCUGUAUUGUUAUGGACAAAACUCGGCCUACAUGGACGCGAAUGGAAGUCCAGCUGUAUAUAAUUAACCCACUUGAAUUUUAGCUUAAAUAUCAAAAUAUCAGCAUAGUUAUUUCACGCAAAGAAGAGCUGGCCGUUUCAUGACCUAGGAAAGUAGCAAGACUGCUUAGAUCCCAUUCCAUUUGUCUUAAUUUCGAGUCAGGAACACUUGAAAGGCUACGUAUCGACAUGGCGCUAUAGAUGACUUAGAGUAUUAUCACAGGCGCUUGCAUAUGCAUAAAAUAUUAAUUUCAAAAUUUACAGAUACGGCAGGUGUCUGGGUACUAUGGAAAGUACAACCUUUGCGACUGAUAGUAUAUGACCAUGUUAUUAAACAAUGCAUGUAGCAUCCAGAAUUCAAACAGGAUUUCCAGAUAAUUUAUAUUUUAAGCUAUUACUCCCCCUGUCUUUAAGUUAAAUUAGUACGGAUCUAAAAUAUACCAAAACAGAUUUAUAAUGUUGUUAAAACUUAUUACAAUAAUUAUACCAAACAGAAAAUAUACCAAAACGGAUUUUAUUGUUCGUUAAAACCUAUUUUACCAUUUUUUUCUAUUAUGUAAAAGUACACUUUUUUUUUACAAUCUAAACAAACUGUAGCUGUUGUGGCUAUAUUUUAUAAGAGAAAACUGGUUCCCUUUAUAAGUCUGUAUAUUCUCGCUUCUUGUGCUUCUCGGCGUUUUUGUUCAUCUCUUCUGGACUAUGUAGGAAUAUGUUUACUACAUGUCCGCCAUCUCACUACGAAACCAAGUCUUUUAAACAACUUUCGGAUGUCAGUGUAUUAUUAUCACUUUCACGCUCGAUCACAUUCGCAGCAUCUCGGCCGAUUCCAUAUUUCGAGUCUUGACAGAUAUUGGCCGAGAGGCUUAAUGGCCGUUAAUAAAGUGAAUGUUGAGUUUUGGAGGUCUUAACGAUACCUGAUAAUCCUGGUGAAAUGUUUUAACUUUGUUUUUCUACCUGUUUUCUUGUUUAUGUUUAUAUCAUUGUUUCCUUGUUUUCUACACAUUUCAGUGACAAAAAGUUUAAUCACGAUUCUAAAUAACGUAUUCGUAUCAUUGAAGCAAUUCAUUGUUGAUGAUUGUAGACAGUAUUGAUGUCGGUUUCAAUAUCGUUACAUAUAAUAGCGCGUGAUUAAGUUUCUGUUUAUGAAAGAUUCCAGUGCGUAUAAUCAUAUACAUAAAUAGUGCUGAUACCAAUGUCAGUUUGUAUGUUGUUAAAUCUAGCUUAUGAAAUAUGAUGUUAUUUAUUUUCAUAAUUUGUUUCAUUCGUCAGAACGAAAAUUUCCGGCGAAGUUCUCAGUAAAGCUGUUUGUGAUAUCAGGGUAUGAAUGUUGAAGAAUGAUGGAUGAUAUUGGAGAAGAAAUUACAAUUUAUAUUAACAUUUCGUAUUAUGGAGGCAUAUAUUCAAAAGUUCCACUUGUAUCACAGCACAAGAGCUAAUUUGGUAACAUACUCUGUAUGUUGAAACAACGGAUCUCGCGGAAUUCAUUAUCUAUAAAAACAUGGUUAAAUAUAUCUUACUCAAGCUGUUGAUGGCUCUAGUAAUAUGAUCAUUUAAAUAUAACAUUUAUUUGAUUGCCAUAUGCUAGAAAUGUUAAGGUAAGACUCUGUGAACAUUUAAGAUUUAAAAAUUUAAACCCCCUCUUACACCUGUCUUAUCUGUCAAAUGUCAGACUAGCGUUGACAGAUGUGUGUACGAGGUCUGUCAGAUUGAUAAGCCCACUAACCAUUACUAUAGUUGUCACAUUCAUUAUAUUUUACUUGGGCAAUCUGUUUUAGACACCUGCAGUACCGUAUAUGACUUUACAAUAUUAUAUAUGAUUCCCAGUCAUCAGGAAAUGAGAAUUGUACGGACCCCAAAAGUAUCGGGAAAUAAUCAUAUACUUGUGGAUGAUAAAAUGAAACAUUACUGCUUUUAAAUGUAAAAUCUACGUAAGUCAACUAUAUGAUAACGUUUUUGAAUUCCAAAUCCAAGAGUUCGCAGUAAAAACACAAUAACAGGUAUAAUAUACGGCAAAGUUGUACAUUUUAGAAACAUUGAGAAAUAUUGUUUGACGUUCAAAAAGUAAUCGACACCUCUCAAUAUAUACCCUCAGACCUUGAACAGUUAAAAAAAAACUUUUUUGUUUUGAUGUUGGCUUUUGAAAAUUUUUGCUUUUUAACUCUGUGGCAGAAGUCCUAUUUUCAGCGUUAUAUUUGUUGUUAGCUUAUUUUAUAUAGUACACUGUUGUGACUGCUCAUUUAACAGUAUUAAAACGAUACUGCCAUUAAUUACUAGUAUGUUUGGUGAAAUUAUAAUGUUGUACAUGUGCUUUGUAAAUAUGUAACUAUUUAUUCGAAAAUAGGUAGGUAUAUAGUAAAUUAUCUUUAUACUUUU